AUGCGCCCAACAGGCAGCACGGGAAUAGAUGCAAUGGACAAGAUGAUGAGAGGCUAUUCUAAGAAAUCUCGAAUCAACAACCACGAUAUACUGGCUGACGCUCUCGACAAGACAUACAAAGCUCUCAAAGGGACCGUAGCUGGGCUCAGUGACUUGGAUGCCGAGAUACAGAGGUCUCGCCUCCCGGAUCAUCUGAAGUUUCUAAUGCUCUUGUCGGAACCACCGAGCCGGCAAACCUUCAAGGAUGCAGAGGAUAUUUUAGACAAGAUAGACCAUCCUCAGAAGAAGAAGGCGUCGCUUACUUGGAAGGACAUCCUCGCCGAUGAACCAUUUGAGGGUCAACAUUGGGAAGGCGUGUAUGGGCUACCUCCCAGGAGCACCGUUGAGCAAUGGGAGACACGCAGUGACGGCAGCACGCCAUCUCUUUCUCCAUGGGACGACGAAUCCGAUGUGGACGAUUCGCACUCUUCUUCCGACAUUCGCACUGUUACGACGCCUCCACCAAAGCCGAUCGAUGACAUAGCCCCACCGUCGAACCCCAUGGACCCAAUCAAUGCUUACCGUCAUAGACAAGACGUAGAAGAGCUUCAAGCUCGGCAAUACUGGCGGCCUGGCUGGCAGUCAGAUACUGGUGUCGAGGGAAGACUCGAUCUAGGAGAUGCGUCUACACUAGGCCCCUCUUUCCAUCGAGCACUCGGUUCGAAGAGUACAUUGAGCAUCGAUGGUCCCAGUAUCGAGAGCUACCGCCAUGAAGAAGACAUCGUACGCGAGGUGCUUACCGGAUUGCAAGGACGACGCAAUAUCAUGUUCACUUGGGUUCACAAUGGUCCAGCUGCCUUUUCUUUCGUUCUAUCUCCCGCGGCCCCGAGACUACUUCAUCUGACCGCGGGAUCUCAAGCUUCCAUCGUCACUGCGUUUGCUUCGCUGUCCACAACUCUUGUUCAUCUACGUAAGUUCACUGCCGCUGUCUUCCGCGAGGUCGCAGCAAGUCUGCGACUGCCGUCUACCGACUCACAAUCUCAACCUGCCUACCUGUCACGCCUGCAACGGAGGAGCACACAGACGCUAGAAGCCUUCGCUGAUGCCCUCGACGGCGAGCUCCGAGCGUUCGAUGCAUGGUGCGCCCAUCGCGAAGAGGACAUAUGCCUCGCCCGCGCAGGUCUGGGACGAAGCAUGGUCGUCUCCUUGCUCAGUCUCGAGAAGACCAUCCGUGAUCAGUUCGGCUCCUCCUUCUUUGUCCUCUUCGACAUUGUAGUCGCCGCCGCACGCCAGUCGCAACGUCUCCGUUCCGAGGAACCCACUCCACAGAUCUGGACGCUCCCCGAUUUACCCCAGCGUACGACCCCCUCAAACACGACAGCUCUGCUUCUCGACUCUCUCCUUCCUGUUGCACAAGAGCGCCUGUCGAUGGGCGACACCGUAACCGCCCGCACGCUCAUUCGUGUCUUCAACGCCACCGCGGAGCCUGUAUGGGCCAUGGUGCACAGGUGGAUUCGUGACGGCAUGCCAGUCCGAGAUGGUCAACCUGGCCUCCUCCCCCAAGACAGGCAGACACUAUCGCCAAUCAGUGUUCUUCCGGAGGAGUUCUUUGUGGGGGAUAACGAGAUGCUCAUGUUUGACCCCGACUUCUGGUCGGAGGGAUUUGCGUUGCGUGCCGGGCAGAACGCCACCCCUGGAGACGACAACCGAGCUACAUGUGUCCCAGUCUUUCUGGUUCACGUCGCAGAACUCGUCUUGGCGGCAGGGAAGGUCACGGGGCUCCUCCGCGCUCUGGGGAUCUCAACACUAUUCGACGGCGAACGAGGUCCAGAUGGGUCCGCUGUUCGACUAAGUUGGAUGGCAGGAUGGCAAUCCUUCACGCAGUUAUUGGAGCAGCCACAAACCCCGGGGCUGGAUGAUGGAUCUCUCGCUAUAACAACAACUCCUGAAGAAGCUAUUGCCUCCUCAGAGAACCUGUCUCGGAUCGUCUACGACGAACUUCGUCCUUACGCGGACCAAGCACACGAAGCCCUGACAAAGGUUUUGAUUGAAGAAUGCGAUCUAUGGGCGCACCUGAACGCCAUGGAAGAUCUGUUGUUGAUGCGGAGAGGUGACGCCAUGUCACAUUUCAUAGACAUCCUCUUCAGUCGAAUUGACAAUCGUCAGCCGUGGAAUGACUUCCAUUUCAUGAAUUCCGCGUUCCAAGAUGUCGUCGCGCUGGACCCAGGGCGGAAACCGUGGAUCGACGCAUCGCUGGUUCGCUUCUCGUUCCCCACCACACGUGGUCCUGGGCAGGAACGCAACGUCGCACAGACGGUCCGUGCAAUCGACGGCCUCCUGGUGGAAUAUGCGGUACCUUUUCCAUUGACAUACAUCUUCGGGCCACGCACAAUGCGCGUGUAUUCGUCUAUCUUCACCCUCGUGCUGCAAGUGCGCCGCGCGAAAAGCGUUUUGGAACGGAUUCUCGUCAGGGAGUUGAAGGCCUUCUACGCGAUGCGUGGAAGGCUGUCAUGGUUCGUCAAUACAUUCCUGAACUUCUUGACAACCAAUGUCCUGCACACACAGAUCCUGAAGUUCCGCGAGGCCUUUCGGCACGCGAAGUCCCUCGACGGGAUGAUCAAGCUGCAAAAUGAACAGGCGGUGCUCCUGCAACGCAAUACCGUCGCCCUGCACCGCGCCAUCAUGUCCAUCCUCGACAUGUCCCUCCACUACACCGACGUCUUCGUCUCCUUCGCCGGAGACACCACGCACGACAUCUCCCGCGCCUCCAUCCGCGCCCCCACCCGCCACCGCUCGCGUCGCUUCCGCGCCCAGCGGCGGAACGUCGUCAGCUUCGCCGGCGAGGCGCAGUCCCUGCUCGCCGGGCUCGACUCGGACAGCUCCGACUCGGAGAUGGACGAGGGGCAGCUGAGCGCGCACGAGCCCUUCGCGUCGUUCUCGCUCGGGGCGUCGACGUCAGCGUCGUUCGCGGGCGAGGGCGAGGAGGGCUUCGGGGAGCGGCUGGACAAGAUGUCGGGCGAACUCGACGCGCUUGUCAGGUUCGUGCGAAGGGGGGUGGAGAGCCUCGCGGCGGGCACGGGCGAGGCCGCGCCGGCGUUUGGUAUGUUCGCGUUCGCUCUCGAGGACUGGGAUAGGUAG